GCGAACCAAUUGGAACACGAGCGCAAGGCUUUCACCGCGGCCCUCGACGAGCGUUCCCGUGUCCUCCAACUCUCCACCAGCUUUCAUGCCUGCGCGGAGACCUUCUUCAAGAACCUGCCCUCCUGGGAGGCCAGUCUCUCGCACAUUAACGGCACCAACGUCAAUGACCUUAAUCAGGCCCUCAAGAACGUACAGGACUGGUGGCAAGAGAUUCAACGAGCCUACGAAGAGGCCUGCAUCGACGGACGUGCCCUGACCAAGCAGGUCAGCGUGCCUGUCUCAAACGGUUCGCACAACUCUCUCACCGCCACCAUCGACUAUUCCCAGUGCCGCAAACACUCUACUGAACUGCUGCACAAGGUAAGCAAGUUGACCGUUUGCGUUUAG